AUGAGACGUCGAUUGUGGUGGCAGAUAUGCACGUUGGACGUCCAAUAUGCCCAAGAAUCUGGCUACAAACCAUUGAUGAGUGGGCGGGAGUUUCCUACGGAGUUACCACUCAACGUCAACGACAUUGCCUUAGGCCCUGACAUGGGCGAACCGCCAAUCUCACAGCUCGGUCGCAGCGAGAUGCUGUUCUACCUCGUCCGAUUUGAAGCGAGUAAUUUUGCUCGACGAGUUCUCUUCUCAGAUACCUUCUGUGACAGCAACAGCUAUCAGGCAAUGACUGGAGCGCAGAAAAUAGAAGCUCUGGACAAGUUUAGAGAGCGAAUUGAGAAGCAGUACCUCUCGCAUCGCUACGCGACAGUUCUUCUAGAUCGCACUAUGGUCAAAAGUUGUCAGCUCAUUCUCGCAAAGUUGACGAUGGAUGUUUACAAGCCGCAUCCAAAGGGAAUGCCUCUAUGUACCAAGUAUCGCGAAGCGUGCGAGGAAGUGAUGGGGGUCGCGCAAGAUCUGCGCCGGGAUAGCAGAGGGCGCAAAUGGCUGUGGUUCUUUGAUCCAUGCAUUGAAUGGACUGCUUUGGCGUACCUCCUGUUGGAUAUAUGCAUAACUUCGGCGUCGCCAUCAUCUAGCCAGCUAGCUCGCGCGGCGUGGGAGGUUGUCGAUGAAACAUAUCACCACUGGAAGAAGAAUCCUGACAUUUAUCGCGACCGCCGCUGGGCGGGGAUUGAGGAGCUUUACGCAAAUACCCUGUCUGUGAGGGAAAAGGGGAGAAUAAGGAUGCAAACGGCUCAAGCCAGCUCUUCUCAUCUUUCACAGCGAGAGCAUGGUCAGGGUCAUAAUGCGUCUUGUGCCGAGAUGCGGCAACUGGAACAGCCCCCUCCAUGGAUACGGGGUGAAAGGUCCUCAAGUCUCUCUCCCGACGCUGUAUCUGCUGCUCCGACUCACGGUCAAGAGAGGACAAGUACGGAAGACUUGCCUGGAACAGGGACUGCUUGUGAAUGGAGCGCUUCCCUCAUAUAUAAAUAUUGGGAGGUUGCCGGAGAGCGACCUCACAGUUCCGACUCGUGGUAG